GCUUAGUCUUAUCUCACGGCCGGCCGACGACGCUCAUCUGCGCACAGAAGUCGUGACGCGCUUUCGCAGCCGUUUCGGAAUACAUAAGCCAAUUCACUCAUUAGCAGUUCGCUGAUUGAACACCACACCUGCUCACCCGCUCGCGCGAGACUCACCGUACUGAACCAAGCACAUGCUCUCGCGUGCAAAAGCAAUCAUGUCAACAGCAGGACGCACAUACCUGGCCUUCCAGCACGACGCCAAGCUGCACAAGCUCCCGACAAAGGUCGCCGCCGUCCACGCCUUCUCGUCCCUCGACGAGGCCAACCGCGGCCUCUUCAAGCAGGGGACCGACCAGGACCAUGUCGUCGUCACGGACAAGACAAUCUUCCACCCCCAGGGCGGCGGCCAGCCCUCGGACGUCGGCUCGAUGACAGGACCCUCCGGCGAGACCUUUGACGUCCAGGCGGUCCGCAUGGACGCCGUCCAGGACGGGCAGGUCCUCCACUUUGGCCGCUUCUCUUCCGCCGGACAGGCGUUCAGUCCCGGCGACACCGUCGAGCAGGCCAUCGACGUCGACAAGCGCCUGCUCUACUCGCGGCUGCACACGGCGGGCCACGUGCUGGGCGCCGCGGUGCGCCACCUGCUCGAGAAGGAGGUCGAGGGCUUCGACGAGCUCAAGGCGUCGCACUUCCCCGACUCGGCGGCGUGCGAGUUCGCGGGGCUCAUCGAGGGCAGGUGGAAGGACCCCGUGCAGGCCAAGGUCGACGAGUACGUCGCCGCCGCGAUGCCCGUCGAGAUCGACUGGUGGGACGAGGAGGACUUCCGGAGGAACGGGCUCGAGCGGCUGAUCCCCGACCGGAGCCUCGCGCCGCCGGGGGAGAAGUUCCGCGUGGUCAAUAUCGUCGGCGCGGAGGUGUACCCCUGUGGCGGGACGCAUGUUGAUACUACUGAUUUGUGUGGGCCGACCAAGGUCAAGAAGAUUUCGAGGAGUAAGGGCACUUCGAGGGUUAGUUACACGGUGGCGUGAGCGUGUUGAACCUUCCCCCGGGGGUGCUUCAGCCUGGGUGCAGGCUUCCGUUCUGUGUGAUGAUAUGGAGUGGCAUCGCUGGCGGAUGAGUUUCUGCUUCGAUUUUUACACCUUGGGGGGCCCGGCGUGUUGUUGGCCGUUUUAGACACCUCCAAAACAGACAGAGGGCAUUUAGAACAAAAUUCGUCUACCAGCUAGCUAACUCGGCCCCAUGCCCAGCAAUAAAAGAGAAAUUGUUGAUAAUGUAGUAGUUAAUAAAGGUCUAGUUGAACGCGUUUUACAGUUGUAGCGCUGCGGGCUGCCGACUUUUCGGUCGUGAAAUUCAUGAAAUUGCUUGGCCACAUACCUAGGUAUCUACCUGCACAGCAAUCUAGAGCCAUCAGCGAAGACUUCGAACAUGUAACCACACCAAGACAUCAACGUCCCUCGCGCUUUUAAUUACUGAAAAUCACGUAGCCAUAUUUCGGCCAGUGGAGAGUGAUGCUGAGCUUCCAAUAUAUCGAGCCAUCGUCCUUCUUAUCGCGGGGGCGUAUGUCCUCCUCAUCGCGGGGGAGUUUGUCCAGUGUUAAGUUCCAUCCAGGAUCUGGUAGAUUCAGAUACAGGCUGGAGCCCGGGCAUUCAUGAUCUCCGUGGUUUGCGAGAGAACAACGAGCCGCUGCGUCCCGCGACGGUGUACGCACGGAAGUUUGUGUCCAGUGAACCUUACGCUCCAGUACUAUCUUCUUAUGUCCACCGCUUUUAUCAUCAUCCUGAGAUUUAUUCUGAACAGGGAGACAUCUCCAACUGCUGGGCCCGAGAUCAUGCCCUUGCGCAAGCCGCAAAGAAAUAAGCGCGGCAUGUAUUUCGGCGGAUUUAUCAACACCGCUAUCGACGUAUUCCAAGAAGAUAGUGGCCAGGUAUGACUCGAGACUUUGGAACUUCGAGUCCGGAUGCGGGUCCGGGUUUGGACGCUUAAGGAGUGAUAUCAGGAGGUCUGAUGGAGAGAGCCCGCUUUCUGGAUAAUAGAUGCCAGAAGAUGUCGAUAGAAGGAUUCCGCUCCCCAGUGAUUGGAAAAUCGAGACCAGUCGCCUGGACAGCUCCCCGGGGUCUCUGUGCAGUGGAGGGUCCUUCUCGUUUUGAAGGUAAGAGCGCAGGCAUUGCGGUGAAAAUGCAUGUGAACAACCCAGCGAGUUGGCAAGACGGGGAAAGAAGUCCGUGAUUUCGACAAACUCUUGGAUCAAGCCUAAUGUCUCUGCCUUCCCAGGGUUCUCUGUGAUUGGUGCUCGGCAUGCAAACACGACGUCCCAAAACAAAUCGACGAUGUCCCUAUCAUAAUUGACUUUCAACGACCCCAAAGUCGAUGAUUCUGGCGAACCAUAGGAAUUUAGUAGCCCGAGCAAGCCGUAUAUUCGAUCGUGGAUCCAGCUGCUUUUACACAGCAUACCCCAUUGCAGAAUCCGAUACACGGAAAUAUCUUUAUCGGACUUGGCUGCCCUUGCCUCCAUGGCGGACGAGGUCCCAGCAGGUGCAUCCGUCUUUCCGCCGCCGGUCUUCAUGAGGUGAUACAAAUGACACUUGUAAGCCAGCAAGAAGUCGUCGAGAUCAAUGGAAACAGGGCCAAAGGUAAGUUCGACCUGACUCCCCAUUGUCACCUCUUGUACAAUCCAAACUCGAGUCCAGUACGGCAGUGAAAGGAUGCCGGGGAGGGCUGUUCCGAAUACUCCACCCCAUCUACGCAUUCGUCCUUCCGGUUCAUCCGGAUUUUUCUGAUCUUCCUCAUCGGAUGCUUUCGGUACAGGAGGCAAAGAUCCAUAAGUCUUCUUGUGUUUCAUUAUGGUGGUCCAGUUUGGCAACAUUUUGAAGAACUUCUUGACGUCUUCACGAGCGUCGGGGACAUGCUUUUCAAUGCGUUCCAGGGAACUUCGCAAAUCCGGGAGGUCUUGGGUUACUGAAGACGCUUCACACCCAAGCCAGGAGAUCGUCUUUUGGGCUUGUCCAUAAAUGGUUCCCAUGCGAGGUAUUUGGAUGGCCUUCUCAUCGUUGUUGUUUUGGUUGAGGCACAGAAAAUCCGUCCAGAACCAGGUUUCAGUGUCCCGCGACCUCUGAAUAUGAUCCAGAAAUUCCCACAGCGUCUUGUGAACCUCGAUGAGCGUGUCUCCGAGGAAAAUAUGAUGCCUGUCGUGCUUUGCGUCACCCCAAUAGUAGGAAAGCGCUUUGUACGACGGCGGGUUUCUGUCGAAUGUUUCCAGAACGCAAGACGCAUGGCGAUGACCGCACUCAGAGCUCUCCUCGAGACGAGGCUUGACUUUGAGAAGGCGAAUGCUGGUUUCCUCCCUGAGAUUAUUGUAUUGGUAUACAUUCGGUGUUGCAGACAUUUCGAGACGGUGCUUUGGCUGCUGAUAUCAAGAAGUGUAUUCAAGUGGUGCUGAUAUAAGGGAUUAUUUCAUAGAAAGUACAGCGAGCCGGGAUCAGCUUUCUGGGUAUCAAAUGAAGUCCAUGAGGCUUUCGUUCUCGACGUUCUCUCAAGCAGCCUAUUGUAUUGGUGGGAUGAGUGGGAACGCC